AACAGCUUAUUCUGCCGGCUCCUACCUAUUGAGCUCGUCGAUCGGAUAUAAAAUAUCAGUUAAUUUAUUAUGGUCAGUCCAUAAUUUGUCCGUUAAUCUAGAAGCUACAACCAGUGUGCAAAAUCAGCGCUUACAUGGCGAUGCAUUUCCUUUUGUUCAGCUAGCUUAUUUGUAGAGAUGUACAAGCCAAAUUCUCAGGAAUGUUACUCAUUUAAGAUGAAGAGUGACUGAAAUGAUUUGUUAACGGUUGUCUGAAUUUAUGGAAACAUGUCAAAGAAACGGGGCAGGAAGCGUAGCAGUGGAGAGCUGAGUGAAAGCUCGGCGUCGACCCUGAGCCCAGACCCUGACAACCUGCUGGGCCGCAGGAUUCAGCACACCUGGAGGGAGAAGGGUAACGUGACCAAGUGGAAAGGCACCGUCCUGGAGCGCCUGACUGUGAACAGCUCUCUCUACAUGGUCAAAUAUGAUGGCUUUGACUGCGUGUAUGGCAUCGAGCUCUUCAAAGACAGCCGGGUGUCCAACCUGCAGGUGUUGACUGAGAAAGUCGUGAAUAAUAAGAUAAAGGUUCCUCCUGGGGCGGAGGAGCUGGUGGGCCGGGCUGUGGAGCAUCUGUUCGAGAAGGAGGAUGGCGAGAAAAACGAGUGGCGAGGCAUGGUGCUGUCCCGUGCUCCCAUCAUGACCCACUGGUACUACAUUACCUACGAGAAGGACCCGGUCCUGUACAUGUACCAGCUCUGGGACGACUACAAGGACGGAGAUCUACGUGUCCUGCCUGAAUCAGAGAACAAACACCUGCUGCCAGCAGACAGGAAACCAGGUGAGGAGCCAGAGAGCCUCGUGGGGAAACAGGUGGAGUACGUCACAGAUAACGGUCUUAAGAGGACGGGCUUGGUCAUCUACCAGGUCCCAGCUAAGCCCACAGUAUACUACAUCAAAUAUGACGAUGACGUCCACAUUCACGUCUAUGAUCUGGUGAAGACCACCUAGUACUGACUGUCCGGUAUCCUCUUCAGCUGACGGCUCCUCUCUAAUCUGAGCCGCCGUUACCUGUGAAAGUGUUACAAAUUUCAUUUUUCCUCCAGCAGGAGACGAUGUGCCGAAGAUUAAAAAGUCCCGUCUUUUUUUUGUUUUGUUUGUUUGUUUAAAUUGUUUUGGCCUCCAGAGGCUUCUUCCAUUCUCACUCCACCAGACAUUUUGGUUUUUGAUUCUCAAUUUUUAAGUUGACCUUAAUGUAUGACUGUUGGGUCCUCUUCAGUGUAAAUAAAGCAGGUCUGAGACUGGAUGUAUAGCCCAGCAGCUGAAAUGGAGCUAGACGUUUGUUUUGGUUAAAUCACACUUGUAUAGUGCAACUUUCAAACUCCAAAUUCAUACUUUUUGUAAGACAUCAAAGAAAAAAUAAUUAAGCUUUCUUACCUAUACCUCUGUGUUUUACUUGUAUUUCAUUUCACUUUUAUAUGCCUGUGCUAUUUAUUUCAUCUGGAAUAUCUGGCUGUGCUGCUGGUAACAUUUUGGCAAAACUUGUCUGCUGUGCUUUCUGUGUGUCACUGGGUAGCCCUCAGUUGUUGAAUAUAAAAGUAAUAUUCAUUUGACCAGUGUACUAAUUUUACCAUCGCAGUGAAAUAUUAUUUCAGUUGAAGUGUUUCGGCAUUAAUGAGACUCGACCGUCUCACAUCAUGGAUGUAAAACACAGAUUAUUCUUAAAAAGUCAUUUAUCAUAUUUUUGUUCUAUUUCUUCUUGUAAACUUUUCUACAUUAUGAUAAUAUAUGAAAAAUACUGAUGAUGUUGAUGUCAUGUUGUUUCAGCAGUGUUUAUGCUACACACUAUUUAUGUAGUUCAAAUUGGCUACCAACAAUGUUUAGUAUUUUGGACUGAAGUCUUUAUUAUUUGCCAAAAAAUGAAUGAUGUGAUAUGACAUAUUCAGGCCUCAAAAUAUUGUUCAUUGUGACCCUAAGUAUGUUUUUUCUGUAAAUAUAAUCGGAGACAUUUUUAUGAACGUAAAACAAAGAUGCUUGAAAAUGGA